UUUUACAGGUGUCAUCAGAUCUAUAAAAAAGGUUAAAAAUAAUUUUCUGAUAAAAAAAAUGGCACGAAACAAUUUUGUAGAAAAACGAAUUAAUGCCCUAAGGCGUCAAUUGGCGUUAGUAGAAACAGAAAAUGCACGCCAGGAAAAUUAUUGGAUGGCAAGAGAGAGAAAUCUCAUUAAUUAUUUUAAUGAACAAUUGAUGAGAUUACCACCACCACCAUUACAAGCACCAGCGGUAGCACUUAAUGUGCCACCACAAGCACCUGCAGCAGCAAUUAAUGUGCCACCACAGGCACCAGCAGCAGCACUUAAUGUGCUCCCACAAGCACCAGUAGCAGCAAUUAAUAUGCCACCGCUGGCACCAGCAGCAGCAAAUAUCAUGCCACCACAGGCACCAGCAGCAGCAAUUAAUAUGCCACCGCAGGCACCAGCAGCAGCACUUGAUGUGCCAUUACAAGCACCAGUAGCAAUUGAUAAUUUUGAUAAAAUAAUAAAAAAAGCUCUAUUAGAUCCAGAAUCUGGCCCUAAAAACGGCAGCUUGAAAAAGAAGAAAAACGUUAAGUGCAAGUGA